AUGGAUCCGGAAUCGGAAGCUCCCCGGCAGCGAGGAUGGUUUAGACGCGCCUCUGGCCAGCGGAAAGUGGUGGAGGGCCUUCCGCUGCCACCGCCGACCAUGGAGGACACCUUCCCACAGGAGAACCCCGAGUCGCUGCAAAAGGCGGAGAAGAGCAAGGAAAUGGAAGCGCUGCGCGCGCUGCUCACCCAGGAGGACGAGAAGGUCAAGGAGGCCGCACGGGUCGCCGAGAAGAAGCAGCGCAAGAUGAAGCGCCGCAAGGAGGAGCUCAAGCGCGAGCUCGCCAGGGCCAAGCGCGACAGCGACGAGCGCGAGCGCGACGCCGAGCAGCAGCGCAUGGAGCUCGAGGAGAAAGCCACCCGGCUCGAGGCCGCCGUCGCCGAGCGCGACCAGCACUGGCAGCGCGAGCUCGACGGCCUCCGCGAGGAGCGCGAUCAAAUCGAAGCCCAGCGGCUCCGCAUGGAGCGUGAGGCCAAGGACGCGCGCGCCGAACACGAAGCACAGCAGCGCGAGAGCGAGCGGCUGGCGCGCGAGCUGGCGCGGGCCAAGGAGGAGCGCGCCGAGCUGGCCAAGAUCAAGCAGGGCGUCGAGGAGCAGCUGAUCAAGGUCGUGUCUGAGCAGGAGGGCUCCACCGAGGCCCACAGGGCCACCCACGACGCGCUGCAGGCGCUCGAACAGGGCAAGCAGUGCCUCGAAGCCGAGAUCAGUCACCUCAAGGCCGAGCGCGAGGAGGCCGUCGCGGAGCGCAAGGCCGUCGAGGCCGCACUCAAGGCCAAGCUCGAGCGGCGCCAGGCCAAGAUCCUGCGCCUGCGCGACGACGCCCGCGAGAAGGAAAAGGAGAAGGAGCGCAUGGCCGACGAGCUCCAGCGCGUGCGGGGCGCCAAGGAGGAGGCGCUGAGGGGCAUGGUGCAGAUGGACAACAAGAUGCGCCGGGAGCGCGACGACCGGGAGCGGGAGAUCGGCGCGCUCAGGCAGCAGAUCAACGCGCUCGAGGAGGCCAACAUCAAGCUGGACGACGAGAAGGAGGAGCUGGUCAUUGUCAUGGGCGAGAUGGAGGAGCGGCGCGGCAGGGAGGUGGCCGACCUCGCGGCCGAGAUCGAGCGGCAGCGGCAGCGACACGGGAAGCUGGAGAGGGAGAAGGGCGACGUCGAGCGCGAGCUGCUGCGUGUGCGGCGCGAGCGCGAGGAGACCAUCCGUGCGCGCGAGGAGAUGCGACACGAGCUCGAACGCGCCGAGGAGCGCGCCUACGAACUCGAGGAGCAGCUCGCCGAGGCCGUCGCCCAGCGCGAAGUCUCCUACGUGUCACCGAUCGACGACACCACCGUCGACGACACGGAGGCCGACGACCACGAUCAGGCGCAGCAGCAGGUGCAGCUGGAGGAGGGAGAGGAAACGCAAGGCGUCGCGCAGGAGCUGAAGCGGGUGAAGGCCGAGAAGGAGGCGCUCGAACAGGAGUGCCUCCGACUGCGCAAGCAGCUCAAGUCGCCGCAGCAGCCCGCCGAAGCCGCCCCCGCUGUCGUGGCCGAAACCGAGACCAAGACGGGCGACGCCGCCGCGACCGCUGCCGUCGCCGUCGAGGAGUCGCUGCUGCGACAGCAGAUCAGACAACUCGAGGCCGAGAACGCGGCGCUGAAGGCCGAGCGGGCGAAGGUGAAGAGGGAGACGGAGGAAGUGCUGCGCGCCAAUCUGGGCGUCGUGGAGAAGAUCAACGACGAGCGCGAGCAGAUGGAAGCCGAGCGCGAGCGGGCCAGGAAGGAGGUGGCCAAGGCCAAGGAGGAGCGCGAAGUGAUGAAGCGGAUGAAGGAUGAACGCGAGGAGGCGAUGCUGCGAGUCAUCGCCGAGAAGGAGCAGGUCGAGCGCGAGAAGCAAAUUUUGGCAGAGCAACUGCAGCGGGCGAGUGAGGGCCGAUCCACCGAGCAACCAGAAGUUCAGGUCGGUGAUGAGGCCAAGCUGGUGGGAGGGACGGAGCGCGAGGCGGAAGAGUUGGCUACGCUCAAGGCAGAGAGUGAGGAGCUCCAGCGGCGCUGGGCGCAGGAGCUCGAGGGCCUGCGGACUGCGCUCGCGAGCAGGGAGGCCGAGAUCGCGCGCCUUGCGGCCGAGAAACAGCAGCUCGAAGCCGAAAACGCAGCGCUGAACGAGAUGCGCCAGGCCGACCUGCAGCACAUGGACAACACCAAGGUCCAGCUGCUGCGCGACAAGGCCCAGCUCGAGCUGCAGCUCCAGGAGAGCCAGCGUGCGGUCCACGACGCCCUUAAGCUGGUCGACGCCGCGCCCAGCGGUGCGGUGGAAGGCAGCGAGCACCAGCGGCUCGUGGCGGAGAACGCGGAGCUGGUCGGGCAGAUCGAAGGCCUCAAGGCGGCGCUGGGUAAUGCCGCGUCGGCCAAGGCCGGCGUCGAGGAGGCGCUGCACGCGGCCCAGGCCGAGUUGGCCGAGCACGAGGCGGCCCGGGCAGCGAUGGCAGCUCAACUGGAAGCGCUUCAGCGACGAGCCGACGUCGCCGAGCGGAGCGCUGUCGCUGCCCAGCGGGCCACCACCACUGCCGACGUCGUGAAGGCGGAGCUCGAGGCCGCGCUGCGUCAAGCCACCGAGGCCGCCGAAGCGCUCAGGCGUGAUGUGGCACGGAUGGUCGAGCGGCGCGCGCACGACGAGGAGCGCAUCGAAAAGGGCAGGGAGGACAUCGACCGCCUGGCCAACGAGCUGGUCGAGCUGCGCAGCGAGCGGGACCAGCUCGCAGCCGCCCGCGCCGCUCAGGAGCAGGUGGUCGUGGCUCUGGCCGGUGUGCGGGUCGAGCUGGACCAGGCCCGGGCCGACGGCGCGGCCAAGCUGGCGCGGGCCGUGGAGGACAUGGAGCGCGAGCGGGCCGGGCUGCUGGCCACGCUCGACCAGCUCCGGCGCGAGAAGAAGGAGCUCGCCGAGUCCCAGCACGAGCGCGAGGCCGAGCUAGCCCGGCUUGCCGACGAAAAACAGGCGAGCGAGGAGGAACGCGCCAGGCUGCAGCGACUGCUCGACGAGGCCCGCGCGGCAGCGGCCGCAGCCGAAGGCGAGGGAGAAGCGGAGGAGAACGAGGAGGUGGCGCGCCUCCGAGCGGUGGUGGAGGAGGAGCGGAGCAGGCGGCGCGCGGUGGAGGACGAGCGGGGCGUGGCCGUGUCGCGCAUCGAGGCCUUCAAGCGCGCGCAAUCCGAACGGGACCAGGCCGAGCGCGAGCUGCGGGUGCAGCUGGACGAGCAGACCGAGGUGCAGGCCGCUCUUCGCAGCGAGGUGGCCCGACUGUCGGCCCUCGUGGCCCAGAGGGAAGAACCUGCCGUCGCCGCCGUCGAGGAGCAACAGCGAAGGGCCGGCGGCGAGCUCGAGCGAUCGCAGGAGCGGCACGAGCUGCAGGAGGAGCUCGAGCAGCACAAGGGCAUUCAGGCCUCGCUGCGGGGCGAGGUGGCGCGCCUGUCGGCCCUGGUCGAGGAGGAGCACGGCCUGCGCCGCGCCGCCGAGGAGGAACGCGACUCAGCCAUUGCCUCGGCACGCGCUGCUGCCGCCGCCGCCGCCGCUACGUCGCAAGGCGAAGUGUCGUCCGAAGCGGAGCAGGUGGAGCGACUGCGGGAGCAGUUGGCCGAGCAGACGGGCCUGCAGUCCUCGCUGCGCGACGAGGUGGCCCGGCUCUCGGCCCUGGUCGACGAGCAGCACGGCCUGUUGCGUGCAGCCGAUGACGAGAGGGACGCGGUUGCGGCGCGCGCGGCCGCCGCUUCGACCGUCGACCGACAUGCGCAGGAGGAGCGCGAGCAGCUCGAGGAGCAGGCCAACGUGCAGGCGUCGCUGCGGGACGAGGUCGCACGGCUGUCGGCCCUGGUCGACGACCACCAGCAGCGCCUGCAUGUUGCCGCCGAUGAGGCGAAGGCCGAACGCGCACGAAUUGAGCACGAUAUGCGCGAGAAGCUGGACGAGCAGGCCCACGUGCAGGCAUCGCUGCGCGACGACGCGGCCCGCCUAUCUGCGCAGGUCGAGGAGGAGCGUCAGCUGCGACAGACGGUCGAAGAGGAGUGCAACGCAGCCGUCGCUCGCGGCGAGUCGCAGGAGGAACGAGAGGUGCUGGCGCAGAGCCUGCGAGCGAGCCUCGCCGAGCAGGCCGAGGCGCGGGCGUCGCUGGAGAGCGAGGUCGCUCGCCUCACCGCCGCCCACACAGGACCGACGGAGCAGCUCGCAGCGCUGGAGACCGAAGUGGCCCGCCUGUCGGCGCUGGUCGAGGAGGAGCGGGGCAAGCGCCGAGCUGUGGAGGCCGAACGUGACGCGGUUGCCGGACGUUCGGCCGAACACGAGCGCGCACAGGCCGAGGAGCUGCGUGAGCGAUUUGACGAGCAGAAGCGCGUCGAGACAUCACUGCGGGACGAGGUGGCCCGGCUGUCGGCCCUCGUCCAUGAUCAAGAGCAGCAGCAGGUGACCGUAGCAACGGCGAACGCAGACGAAGAGGCGACAUCGCUGCGCGACAAUAUUACGCGGCUGUCGGCGCAGGUCGAGGAGCGCAAGCUGCGGCAAGCAGUCGAAGAGGAGCGCAACGCGGCCAUCGCGCGCGCCCCAGAGCUCAACGAGUCGCACGAGGAGCAUGCGCUGCUGGCACAGGGCCUGCGGGCGAGCCUCGCCGAGCAGGCCGAGGCACAAGCGUCGCUGGAGCGCGAGGUCGCUCGCCUCACUGCGCUGGCAGCCGAGCACAGCACGGAUCAGCAGCAGCUUAAGCCGUCGCUGCAAAGCGAAGUGGCGCGUCUGUCGGCGCUGGUCAAGGAGGAGCACGACAAGCGCAGAGCAGCGGAGGAGCGUGACGCCGUGGCCGAGCGCUCGGCCGAAGAGCUGCGCGAGCGGUUCGAGCAGCAGAAGAGCGUCGAGGCGGCGCUGCGGGACGAGGUCGCUCGGCUGUCGAGUGUCGUCGACGAAGAGCGGCGCCUGCGCCAAGCCGUCGAGGAGCAGCAGCAACAGCAGACCGUUGCGGCGAACGCCGACGCUCUGGAGCGCGACAAUCUCACGCGGCUGUCGGCGCAGGUCGAGGAGGAGCGCCAGCUGCGGCAGACGGUCGAAGAGGAGCGCAACGCGGCCAUCGCACGCGCCCGGGAGUUGGAAGAGUCGCGGGAGGAGCGAGAGGUGCUGGUGCAGAGCUUGCGGGCGAGUCUCGCCGAGCAGGCCGAGGCGCGGGCGUCGCUGGAGAGCGAGGUCGCUCGUCUCACCGCCGCCCUGGCCAAGGAAUCCGAAGAAUCUCAAACGCAGCAUCAGCAGCGCGGGCACGAUCCCAGUGAGCAGCACCUCGAGGAGUUGGCGCGACUCUCGGCUCUGCUCGAUGAUGAGCGCAGCAAGCGCCGGGCCGCUGAGGACGGUCAGGCGAAGGCCGACGAGGAGGCCGACGAGCUGCGCGGGAAGCUCGAAGAGCAGGCCAACGUGCAGGCGUCGCUGCGGGACGAGGUCACUCGGCUGUCGGCCCUGGUCGACGAUCACCAGCAGCGCCUGCGUGUCGCCGCCGCUGAGCAACGGCAGCAGCGAGACGUGGCUACCACCGCCGCUGAUGAGGCCCAGCAGACCGGACAGGAGGAACGCGCACGAAUCGAGCACGAUCUGCGCGAGAAGCUGGAGGAGCGUGAGGUGCUGGCGCAGGGCCUGCGGGCGAGCCUCGCCGAGCAGGCCGAGGCCCGGGAGUCGCUGGAGAGCGAGGUCGCUCGCCUCACCGCCGCCAUGGUCGGCACGCACAGCACGGAGCAGCCGACCGAGGAGCAGCUCACGCCGUCGCUGCAAAGCGAAGUGGUCCGACUGUCAGCGCUGGUCGAGGACGAACAGAGCAAGCGCCGAGCUGCGGAAGCCGAGCGUGACGCCGUAGCCGCGCGUUCGGCCGAACACGAGCGCACGCAGGCCGAAGAGCUGCGCGGGCGGUUCGAGCAGCAGAAGGGCGUCGAGGAGGCGCUGCGGGACGAGGUUGCCCGGCUGUCGGCCGAAGAGCGGCGCCUGCGCCAAGCCGUCGAGGAGGAGGAGCAACAGCAGACCGUCACAGCGAACGCCGACGCUCUGGAGCGCGACGAUCUCACGCGGCUGUCGGCGCAGGUCGAGGAGGAGCGCCAGCGGCGGCAGACGGUCGAAGAGGAGCGCAACGCGGCCGUCGCACGCGCCCGAGAGUUAGAGCAGGCGCGGGAGGAGCGAGAGGUGCUGGCGCAGGGCCUGCGGGCGAGUCUCGCUGAGCAGGCCGAGGCGCGGGCGUCGCUGGAGCGCGAGGUCGCUCGCCUCACCGCUGCCCUGGUAGAGGAAUCCGAAGAGUCUCCGGCGCAGCAGCGGCGCGAGCACGAGCUCCUGCGCGGGAAGCUUGAAGAGCAGAGGAGCGUGCAGGCGUCGCUGCGUGGCGAGGUGGCCCGCCUGUCAGCCCAGCUCGAGGAGCAGGAGGGCCUGCGCCGUGCGGCCGAGGAACAACGUGACGCGGCCGCCGAGGCGCGCACUCGGGUUCAUGAAUUCGGAGAAUCUCUGCGCGAGCGCGACCAGGUCGAGCACGAGCUGCGUGAGCGACUCGACGGGCAGACGCACAUUCAGGCCUCGCUGCGAGUGGAGCUGGCCCGGCUCGCGGCCCUCGUCGAGGAGGAACAGCGGCUGCGGCGAGCGGCCGAAGAACAGCUGCGAAGCGGUGCGGCCCGUGAGGAAUCUGAGGAAUCCAAGGAAUCUGAAGAACGGGCUGCGCGCGCGGAGGAGCGGGCGUGGCUCGUGCGCGAGUACGCGGGCGUGCAGGCCGCCCUGUUCGAGGCCGAGCGUCGGGCGGCCGACGCCGAGGAGCAGCUCCGACGCGUCGAAGCCGAGCUGGCCGACCGAGAUCACCAUCAACCACCGGCGGCGCACCUCUCUGCUGAGGUCCCGGCGGCCAGGGCCCAGAGCGAGCCGGAGCCCCAGGAGCAGCACGCCCGAUCGCAGGCCGGCCGGCACGCGGCGGAGACCGACGACGAAUGGGGCAGCGGCUGGGAUGACUCCGACUGGGACGCCAGCAGCCAGAACGUCGAUGCCGACAGCGACCACCAGGCCAUGGAUGGUGAGACGACGAGGGACGCCGAGCAGCUGCAGCGCGAGAUCGAGGCGCUGAACGCUCGCGUGGCCGAGGCCGAGCGGCAGGAGGAGGCCGAGGAGCGUAACCGGUCAGAGCGACAGGGCCGCGGGGCCGAGCGCGGCGCCCAUCGGCCGUCGGCCGAGCAGCCGGUGGUCGGCGUCGACGAGAGCGAAAGGGAAAGCGAGGAGCUGGAGCGGCUGCGGCGCGAGCGGAAGGCCAACGAAGAGGCGCUGCGCGAGGCCCUUCAGCGCAUCGAUCGCGACGAGGAGCGGGAGGCGGCCGAGGCCGACCUGCGCAGCGCCAGGGCCGAGCUCGAGGCGGCCCAGCGCGAGAAGGAAUUCCUGGAACGCCAGUUCGAGCUGCUGGAUAAGGAGCGCACAGACGACCAACGCCAGGCCACCGCGUCCGAGGAGGAGGUGGAGCGGCUGCGGCAGCGCGUGGAGGCCGGCGAGCGCGAGCAGGCGGCGCUGCGGCAGCAGCUCGAGGAGCUGAACGAAGCCAAGGAGCAGGCGGACAAGGAGAAGGCCUUCCUGGAGGGCCAGCUGGAGCUGGUGGUCAUGCGCGACGAGAUGCACCGCGAGCGCGAGCGGACUGAAGUUGCCGCACCGCCGCACGAGACCGACGAGCAGUUGCGAAGGACCGAAGAGGGGCGCGACCGUGCGGUGGCCAAUGCACAGCGGCUGCACGACGAGCGGGAGACGCUCCAAGCCGAGCUGGAGGCGACACAAAGGGAGAAGGAGUUCCUGGAGCGGCAGCUGGAGCUGGUGGUCAUGCGCGACGAGAUGCACCGCGAGAAGGAGCGCAUUGACGACCAACGCCAGGCCACGGUGGCUGCCGUUCCCACAAGCGAAGCGGAGGAGGUGGAGCGGCUGCGGCAGCGCGUAGAGGCCGGCGAGCGCGAGCAGGUGGCGCUGCGGCAACAGCUCGAGGAGCUGCUCGAAGCCAAGGAGCAGGUCGAGAAGGCCAAGGCGUUCCUGGAGCGGCAGCUGGAGCUGGUGGAGAUGCGCGACGAGAUGCACCGCGAACUCGAGCGGACCGAAGUCGCACCGGCGCCGCAUGACGAUCACGUCGAGCAGCUGCGAAGGGCCGAAGAGGAGCGCGACCGGGCGGUGGCCGACGCACAGCGGCUGCACGACGAGCGCGAGGCUCUCCAGGCCGAGCUGGCGGCGGCGCAACGGGAGAAGGAGUUCCUGGAACAUCAGCUGGAGCUGGUGGUCAUGCGCGACGAGAUGCACCGCGAGAAGGAGCGCCUCGACGACCAACGCCAGGCCACUAUUGCUGCUGCCGCCGUUCCCACAAGCGAAGCGGAGGAGGUGGAGCGGCUGCGGCAGCGCGUUGAGCAUGGCGAGCGCGAGCAGGCGGCGCUGCGGGAACAGCUCCAGCAGCUCGCCGAAGCCAAGGAGCAGGCGGACAAGGCCAACGAGUUCCUGGAACGGCAGCUGGAGCUGGUGGAGAUGCGCGACGAGAUGCACCGCGAAAAGGAGCGCAUUGACGACCAACGCCAGGCCACUGCGGCGGCCGCAGCGACUGAGGAGGCCGCAGCGACUGAGGAGGAGGAAGGAGAGAUGGAGCGGCUGUGGCAGCGCGUGGAGGCCGGCGAGCGCGAGCAGGCGGCGCUUCUGGGACAGUUGGAAGUGCUCGAACGAGCGAAGGAGGAGCGCGAUAGAGCGGUGGCCGAGGCGCAGCAGCUGCGCGACGAGCGGGCCGAGCUGGAGCAGGUGAAGGAGUUCGUGGAGCGGCAGUGCGAGCUGAUGGCGAGCCGGGAGGACCUGCACCGGGAGCGCAUGGAGGAGCUCGAGGCCGAGCUCAAGCACGCCAACGUCCCUGCCCACGCUCUGGAAUUCGAGGAACGCAUGGCACAGUUGCGGGCCGAGGCCGAUCAGCGGGCGAGGGAGCUCGAGGAGGCGCAGGGCGAGCUGCAGCGCCGGCUGGCGGAGGAAUCUCAAGCACGCGCGACGGAGAGGGAGGAGCUCGAGCGGAGCGUGGAGCAGCUGAGGUGCCGGGUUCAGGAGAGUGAGGUCGAGGCCGCGCGGCUCAGGGCCGAGGCCAAGCACCAGACGGGCGAAGGCGAGGCCGACGAGGCCGAACGACGGCAGCGGCAGAACCAACUGCGGCAGUGCGUGGAGGCCGGCGAGCGCGAGCAGACGGCGCUGAGAGAGCAGCUCAACGGGUCCAAGGAACAGGCGGAGAAGGAGCAGGCGGCGCUGAGGGAGCAGCUGGAGGAGCUGAACGAAGCCAAGCAGCAGGUCGAGAAGGAGAAGGCGUUCCUGGAGGGCCAACUGGAGCUGGUGGUCAUACGCGACGAGAUGCACCGCGAGCGCGAGCGGACCGAAGUCGCUGCGCCGCCACACGAGCACCAGUACCAGGAGCAGCUGCUUGCGUCGAUCGAGGAACAGCGGCGAAAGGCCGAAGAGGAGCGCGACCAGGCGGUGGCCGACGCAAAGCGGCUGCACGACGAGCGGGAGGCCCUCCAGGCCGAGCUGGCGGCGGAGCAGCGGGAGAAGGAGUUCCUGGAGCGGCAGCUGGAGCUGGUGGAGAUGCGCGACGAGAUGCACCGCGAGAAGGAGCGCAUUGACGACCAACGCCAGGCCACGGUGGCCGCUGCUGCUGCGGCCCAGGACGACGACGAGGAAGAGGUGGAGCGGCUGCGGCAGCGCGUGGAGGCCGGCGAGCGCGAGCAGCUCGAGGAGCUGCGCGAAGCCAAGGAGCAGGCGGACAAGGCCAACGAGUUCCUGGAGCGGCAGCUGGAGCUGGUGGAGAUGCGCGACGAGAUGCACCGCGAACGCGAGCGGGCGGAGAUUGCGGCCGAGCCCCAGCACGAGCAGCGGCUUGGCGCGCAGGACGGGCCAAGGAGGAGCGCCACAGGGCCUUAG